AUGUCUGUCCAGAAAGCAAUCGCCGUGGUUGAGACAGCCAAGCCUGUCAAGUUGAUCGAACGGCCCAUCCCCAAGCCAGGCCCGGGCGAAGUUCUGGUCAAAGUCUUGAUCGCAGGACUAAAUCCGCAUGAUGCGCUGGUGCGAGAGAUCGGGUACUUUGUCGGCAAGGACAACCUGCCCGGUGUACUCGCAAUCGACAUUGUCGGGGAAAUCGUCCAACUCGGUGAAAACGUCGACAACACGUUCAAGAUCGGGGACAAGGUCAUGAGUCAGGGAGACCCUGCUGUGUCGGAUACAAAGGGGUCUCAAGAAUAUGCCGUACUCGACGCCGACUUUAUCGCACAUCUGCCCCGUUCGGUCAGCCCGGACCAGGCCGAUACGAUCCUCCUGAACGCCUUGACGGCAUAUAUCGCAGUAUUAUCGCCCCUCGGUCUGGAUAUCCCGUCGCCACUCGCUGCAUCUGGAUCGAAGACGAACUUUGACUACAGUAACACCAGCAUCGUCAUCAUCGGAGGAAGCUCUGCGUGUGGGAGGUUCGCGAUCCAGCUUUGCAAAUGGGUCGGCAUCGGCACCAUCGUCACCGUCGCAGGGAAAUCCGGCGAAGAUAACCUCAAAUCGAUCGGUGCCACACAUGUCAUCGACCGCAGUCUCCCGGACGAAGACAUCCAGCGCGAGGUCCGAGACAUUGUCGGCGAAGACCUGCUGUACGUGCUCGACUGCAUCAACAGACUCGACCACUCAAAGGGCAUCCGCAUGUUGUCCGACUCGAAGAAAGGCACCAUGGUACCCUUGGCGGUCUCGCGCCCAAACACUGUCGACGAGGCCAAGGUCGGACCCAAGCAGCAGGGCUAUAACUUCAGGAAGUUUGUAUGCCGACCGGUCUUGUUCCGGGAAAUAGCCACCCAGUUCUACAAGGCGUUGACAGGGUUGAUCGAUGACGGCGUGCUGAGGCCCACGUCGUUUGAGGUCAUUGAGGGAUUGGAUGUGGACAAGAUUAAUGCGCAGCUUGACAAGUGGAGGGAUGGGCAGUGGCCGCCUAGGGUGAACAUCCACGUUUCAUAG